AUGCUAUCCACAACAAUACGAAACAGAAUACACAAAAUAAUCGCGGGCAAUAAGCUGAUCGUCGAAAAUGAAGAUAACCAAACGAACCUGAAGAACGUUGUUAAUAACUGCACGCUGAUAGAGAAUGCCUUGCGCAAAGAAUUCCUAGAGUACAGACGACUCCCCCGGAACAAACUAAACGCCCUCAUUGUCGACGUUUUGAAGAAAACGUUUGAAGGAGAUGGAGUCCCCAAGGGGGGAGGUAUUUCUACGAAAGAGUUCCAGAGAAGUUGCGGGGAAGGGGAGCAGCACGGUCAACAUAGCCACUACGAUAAUGACAGCCAUCACAGUGAUAAGUGGGAGCCAGACGAAGUGCCAUUGCGCACCAAGGAAAAAAAAAAAAAAAAAAAAAAAAAAGACGAACAACUGUCCCAGGAUGGAAGUAAAAAAGGCAAGAGUACCUUAUUAAAAAUGGGAAAGGACAGGACAAAUGAGGGGAUGAAAGAAAAAAAAAAUCCAGCCAUCACCUCACCAAAGGAAAAGGAAGAAUUCCUAAAGGACAACGUUAAGGAACCAAGCUACCUAGCACAUAAUCUCCUAAAGGGCGUUAAAAAAAACAUCGAAGGAAAUAUCAAUUUAAGGAACUAUAAAGGAAUAAAAAAUAUCAAAAGUGACAUUUUUUACAGUAUAAUUUACCCCCAUAAAUUUAGGGAGGGUAAUUUCAGUACUAUUAUUAGUAUUAGCGGAAUCAGUGGUUCAGGAAAAACCACAUUAUCCUAUGCCAUAGCCGGAGAAUGUGACUGUCCAUUUUUUUAUUUAAAGCUACCAGAAUAUAUAAAAUAUAUUUCCAAUGAUAGUAAAAAUAAUAAGUUAAAAUUAAUUUUUGAGCAAAUAAAGAAUGAAUAUGAUGGGGCUAUCCUGUGCAUAGACGAUAUAGAUGUUAUCCUUUCGUCCAAAGAUGAUUCAACAGAUCUGUAUCUCUUCACAUAUCUGCUGAGCCUCUUUGAAAACUCAAAAGUUAUUGUACUUUUACUAAGUGUGAGCAAACCAUAUGACAGUGUACUGUACACAAGAAUUAAAAAAUUUAUCUCCAUACCCAUUCCUACGUACGAAGAUCGGGUGGAAAUUCUCGAAUUCAUGGCGGAAGAGCUUUCCCUCACAUUUGAUGCGAAAUAUACAGCAGCUUUAACAUAUGGUUUUCAUCGGGGCCAUCUCUAUGAUAUUGCAAAUGAGUCGAUGAAUCUGUGCAUAUAUGACCAAGUGUGCGAGGGAAAAUUUGCCGGGAUAAGGAGCGACAUGGACGUAGCCUCCACUGAGGGGGAUUCCAUUGAGGAACUCCAAUCGGAGGUACUACCUCCGGGAGGUUCGGUUACCCAACUUGCAGCUUCAACUACGAAUGACGCCACCCAUCUGAACGAAGAAAAUAUUUGCGAGGAGAAUAACACGGAAGUACUCCAAAACGGUGGUGAAGAUGGGCAGGAUGACUCGAACAGGGAUAUCACCACAACGUUCUGCUCCCAUACAGUUCAUUCGAAACAAAGGAACGAAGCAAAUCUGAAGAGGAAGGAGUGGAGCGGAGAAGUUACCACAUACAAAGUGAAAAGACCAAAAAUGAACUGCCGAAAAAUAAAUGACGAGAUUAUUCAGCAAAGUGUAAGAAAUAUAAAGAAAAAAAUGAUUACACAAAAUAUAUGUGAAGUGCCAAAUAUCAACUUGGACAAUAUUGGCUCCUUGAAAAAGAUAAAAAAAGUGUUAGAGACGAAAUUCAUCUUACCAGUGAAAUAUGCAAAUAUUUACAAACAUCUAGGGAUAAAUAAGAGCAUGGGAAUAUUACUUUAUGGACCACCAGGAUGUGGAAAAACGAUGCUUGCCAAAGCUAUAAGUAACGAAAUGAAAGCGAACUUCAUAGCUAUAAAGGGACCAGAAAUUUUAAAUAAAUAUGUGGGGGAGAGUGAAAAAAAAGUCAGAGAAAUAUUUUCUUACGCAUCUAUUUAUAAACCUUGCCUCAUUUUUUUCGAUGAAAUUGACAGUAUUUGCAUUAACAGGGCAAACAAUAAAGCUGCAGCAGCAUCAGAUCGAAUUGUAAACCAACUGCUCACGGAAAUGGAUGGCCUCUCCCAAAGGGAAAGUGUCUACAUCAUUGCCACAACCAAUAGACCAGAUAUAAUCGACAAGGCUUUGUUAAGAAGUGGUAGAUUUGAUCAACUUAUUUACAUUUCUUUACCAAAAUAUCAAGGGAGAAUUGAUAUUUUGAAGAAGCUAUCCAAAAAUAUGCCCCUACAUGAUGAUGUAGAUUUUGCCAAAAUUUCUCGCUUGACCAAGGGUUAUAGCGGGGCUGACUUGUACGGAGUUCUUCGGGAAAGUGCUUUCAUCGCUCUCCAGGAGUGUCGAGAUAAAAUUGAUCUGUUGAACUCAGGUAUGUCGACCAACGGUGAUGCAACACAGCACUGCCGUGAAGCAGAUGCUGCUUGCGGGGAUACAUAUAAUGGAUCUCCCUUUGUCAAACAGGAGAAUGGUAACACUGCUGCAGAUGCUCGGUGUGGAAUCCGCACGACGAAUUCCCACGAUGGAGAUACAAAUGUGCUUAAUCAGUCUGGCCUGGCAACUAUUGAUCAAAGGCAAGUAAUGGAGUGCACCCGAGAGGGGGAUAUCCACCGUGAUGCUCAUUUGUGUUUCCAACACGGUAAUGAUAACCUUUGCAUGGAAAAUAAUCAGACUUACCAAAUUAACAAUUUUAAAAACAAAGCCAUAUGUGAGAAAGACAAGAAUAACUUAAUUUAUGAUUUUAUUCAAAGAAAUAAAAACAUACUUACAAUUAGCCAAAGACACAUCGUUCUGGCGGUGAAGAUAGUUCCACGAAGCGUUACCAGUAAGCAGAUGAAAUAUUACAAAGAAAUAAGUAAGAAGUUUAAGUAA